GAAUGGAGUGUUAGCAUCACCCGCCCAAGCAACUCGGGGUUGACACGUGUCAGUUGUCACAUAGAAUCACUUCCUCACUCUGUGUCACACUAUAAAAACGAUCUCCAUGGAAGCCAUUUCCCUCAUUUCAUUUGUCACUGAAACCAGAAACCCAAACCCAGAAUUUCUGCAGCGCCUUCUAGAAAACCUACCGCUGACCGCGCCACAAUCUCUGCCUUUCAACAAUGGAGUUUUGGGGUGUUGAGGUAAAAAGUGGGCAGUCUGUUUCUGUUGAACCUAAAAAUAAGGUCGUGCAUCUUUCACAGGUUUGUCUGGAUGAUGUCAAGAAAGCAAAGGGAAGCAAUCCUAUUUCACUCUUUGCGAAAACUGGCAAUCAUAAGCUUGUUCUUGGAAUUCUUUCUGCUGAGAAAUUCCCCCAGUUGCCUUUGGAUAUUUUUUUUGGAGAGAAAUUUGAGCUAUCCCAUAACUGGAAAAAUGGGAGCGUCCACUUCACUGGAUAUAAGUCUCUGUCGAACACAGGUGAUCAUUCUGAUUCUGAAGAGGAUGUAGCACUUACUGUGGUUGAUAAUGGAAAACCUGUCAUAUCAGGCAAACCAAAGGUGAGUACUGAGGACGCUAAGAAAGCUAUUAAAUCUGAGCAAAAGGAAGCUAGUAGUGAUGAUGAUGAAUCUGAUGAUGAAGAAGUUGGCGCUGAUCAGACCAAGGUCAAGUUUGAGGAAGGUAGCAGUGAAGAUGAGGAUGAAAGUGAUGAUGACGAUGACGACGAUGCUGAUAGUGAAGAUGAAACUGAUGACAGUGAGGAAGAGGAUGAAGAGACUCCGAAAAAGGCUGAUGUGAGCAAGAAGCGACCUGCCGAGUCUACUAAAACACUUGCUAAUAACAAGAAGGCAAAGUUUGUUACCCCUGAAAAGACUGAUAGCAAGAAAAGCAGCGUCCACAUAGCAACUCCUCACCCUGCAAAGCAGGCCGGAAAAAAACCAGCUACUUCUGAUCAGUCAAAGCAGCAGGCUCCAAAAUCAGGGGGCACAUUCAAUUGCCAAUCGUGCAACAGGUCGUUCAACUCAGAUGGUGCAUUGCAAAGCCAUACAAAGGCAAAGCACAGCGCUGCAAAGUGAAAGGCGGAGUAGUUCCUACCAUGGUGAUGUUUGGGAUUGAUUACCGGAGGAAGUUAGGUUUAGGAAAUAUGAAGGGAGAGAUUAGCUUAAUUAUUGGUUACUAACUGAUCUUGUUAUUACCAGGCGUGUAUGAAAAUCUUUUGCUGUUGAUCUGGGAGGCAUUUUCUUAUAUACUUGUUUCGGAUUCUAAGGUUUUGGUACGUUCUUAUGAGUAAACCGUGCAUUUUU